AUGGCUGAUAGAUCUGAUAUUAUCAUUGAGAACUAUCAAGUAUCUCCAAGAAUAGGAUUCCUCCCCGACAAACCACCACUAGCCCGUCUGCCACAUCCAUACUAUGCCGGGUGGGAGGAGACAAUUUCCCGAGUGGCUCCAAGUCGUGGAGAUGGUCGAGCCCGGGAGUAUAUUGAUGAGAUGCCGCUGUUAUCUACCGGCAAGCUCCGUGUCCUCCCUGAGUGGCAUCGAGCAUAUACCCUGCUGUCCAUUCUCUCUCAGGUAUACAUCUGGGACGGCGAUGAACCCAGCAACAGAAUCCCUGCGUCGAUUGCAUCCCCCUUGCUGGCAGUCUCGGAGCAUCUUGGCCUUAACCCGUGUGCCUCGUUUGCUAGUUUCUGCCUCUGGAACAUCAGACCAGUUGGGCGGCACGGUUUGAACUAUGCAGCUGCGUACGAGCCGGAAAAUCUUGGACAGAUCACCAGCUUCACAGGAACAACAGACGAAGAGUGGUUCUUUAGCAUCUCCGCCGCCAUCGAGGCCAGGGGUGGAUGCUUGAUACCCGGGAUGUUUGACACCAUCGAGGCUGCCCGUGAAGGCAACAGUCAACGUGUCCAAGAAUUCCUCGGCACCCUAGCUAGUUGUGUCCGCCAUAUGUGCAAGGAUCUGAAGAGAAUGUAUGAGGGAUGCGCCCCAUCAGUCUUCUAUCAUGACGUGCGGCCAUUCUUGAACGGAGGCAAGGGGGUCAACAAGGACACACAGACACCAGGCGGGGUUUUCUACGAGAACGAGAGUGGCGGUGGGCAGUGGCACCAGUAUCAGGGAGGCAGCAAUGCGCAAAGCUCGCUCAUCCAGCUGCUCGAUAUCUUCCUAGGGGUGGAUCACUCGAUUACCGCGGCCAAUAAACCCCACGAGGGUUAUCAUCGCGAGAUGCAAUCGUAUAUGCCCGGUAAACAUCGGCAAUUUCUGCAACUCAUGUCGCGACUCUCAAACGUGCGAGAGUUUGUUCUGUGCCACCCGGUGACAGCAGAAAUUAGGAUAGAAUACAGCCGGGCCACUGCUGAGCUUGUUGCUCUACGGCAGACCCAUAUGAUCAUGGCUUCGCGGUACAUUGUUAUGCAAGGAAGGAAGGGUUCAAUGUGUCGUGAUAGUUCGAAGGGUACUGGAGGAACAGAGUUUAUGCCGUUCUUGAAAGACGCAAGAGACUGUACUCUGGCGACUUGUUGUCCCAGGCCAUAG